AUGUCCAUUUGGUUCUUUCAGACAGUCUUCAGAAUAGUAGUGCUGGGUAUCUGGGACUACAUUGAGAACAAAGUGGAGGUGUUUGAUGGUGCGGUCAUUGUGCUCUCUCUCGCUCCUAUGGUGGCCUCCACAGUGGCCAAUGGUCCCAGCAGCCCCUGGGACGCCAUCAGCCUCAUCAUCACCCUACGCAUAUGGAGAGUCAAGAGGAUCAUUGACGCUUAUGUGCUGCAAGUCAAAGUUGAGAUGGAGCUGGAGAUCCAACAAUGUGAGAAAACAAAAGCAGUGCGUGAAGAGCAGCUGGAGCGGCUCACUCAGAUCUGCCAGGAACAGGCUUUUGAGAUCAGGCAGUUGAGAGCACAUCUGGCGCAGCAGGAUUUGGAUCUGGCAGCAGAGCGGGAGGCUGCCAUGCAGAUCCGCCAUGUUUGGGGCAAACAAGAGAGAAACUUAAAGGUUGUCGAGGGCAUGACUCCUGAGGAGUUUGAGGAUGAAGGCAGCCAUCGGAACCCCAGGGAGCCACAUUCAACAACAGAUCCGGUUGUACGUGAUGACAUGAACAACUAUAUCAGCCAAUAUUACAGUGAAGCCAGCAGUGAAGCUGGUGCUGGUGUUGCCGUGCAGGUCAUUACUACUGCAGCCAUCGACGUCCAUCGUCCCACAAACCCACAUCCCGUACAAUCCACCCCGAUGAUGGCCAAGGAGCGGGUUGGCAGUGGCCUGAGUGACAUCUCCAGCAGCAUAUCUCGUUCCAGUGGCAGCCUGACGGCCCGCCCCCUCAGCCUCAGCAGCCACACUCCUCGCUCCUCGCUGACUGACUGCAGCAGCACGGCCCAGGACCUGAGCUACAGUUUUGUGCGCUGUGCUCCUCCUGCCUUCUGUGGGCCAGAGCCCCGCAGGGACCCCAGUGCUAUGGUACAGGAGCUGCUUUCCUCUCUCUCCGAGGACUCCUGUCUUACUCAGAAAAGUCUGGAUCCUGUCAACUUUAAGCUUCCUAGUCCUACGAGGUCUGAAAAAGCCAGUACUGAGUUGGACCACCGAAUAAAUCUGUUCAAUCGCAGGAAUCAAGAGGAACGCAGAGGGCGGGGUAGAGGCGGUGGUCCGCUACAGACUAAGCCUCUCAUCCACCUGCAGGGCGGCAGCACUGAGGUCUCUCUAGAGGAGAAGUACAGGCUCCUGGGUCCUUCGGAUUCCCCUCUGGGGCACAUACCUGACACUUAA